CCAUUCAUCAGCGGACUUGGGCGUUGUACUCCGCAUCUCAUUUGCAGCGGGCCAAUUUCUCUCUAUCUACAAACUCUGCUCGAGGGAAAAAAAAAAUCGCAUUUCUUUUGCGCCUUCCUUACAUUUUUCCCGAAGUGCUAAUUACUCUCAUUGUGGUCUCAUUUGUUUUGUCUCAGGCUUAUUCCUCUAUUUGUUUCGAGCAAAGGCAAAUCGGCGUGCCUUGAAUUUUUUCGGGAGGACGCUUGCGGUCUUUGUUCAUUCAUUUGAUCGGUUGGGCUCCUUUGUUGGAACAAAAGCAUGGGAGCGCAAAUCUCCAAAACCGCUGGAAAAGACGAAGCCGCGGUCGAAAAGCCCGCAGAAGGCGCGGCAGUUGCGUCGAAGACGAACGGACAGGAGAACGGGCAUGCCAAGACCAACGGAGAUGCCUCUCCAGCUGCAGAGGAUGCCAACAAAGCCGAUGUACAGGCCAAUGGAAGCACUCCCACUGAAGAGGCACCAAAAGAAGAAGGUGAGAAAGUAGAGGGUGCCGAGGCCCAAGAAGACAAGGAGCCAUCCAUCACAAACGGGGAUACAUCUGCCAAGCCGGAGGAAGGUACCCCAUCCACUAGCGAGGAUGGCAAGCAGAAGAAAAAGCGGUUCUCCUUCAAGAAGCCCUCCUUCAAGCUCAGUGGCUUUUCCUUCAAGAAGACCAAGAAGGAGUCUGAAGAGACAACUGAGGAGGGGGCGGCUGCUGCGGCAGAACCGGCUGAAGGUGAGAAAUCCGCCGAGGUCUCCGCCGGGGAGACCAACGCUGCUGAGGGAAGUGAAGAGGAGGCCAAGGAGACUGCAACCGAGGAGGUGAAGGCGGAGGAGCCAAAGGCAGAGCAAGCAGCUGAAGGAGAGGAGAAGCCCACCAAAGCUUCUCCAACCGAGCCAGAGACGGCAGCCAGUCCAGAGGCCAUGGGUGCCGCCGAGUAACCCCGCUGAACAACACACCAGAAUGAAGGAGACGAUGUAGCCUGUCUGAAGGAACAUGAGGACUUGUCUAAAACCAGGGAAUUUGUUUUUCUUUUUGUUAAUUUUCUCUUUUGUUGUUGUUUGUAUAUGUUUACUACUCUGCAACCAUCUCAUCCAUAAUGACUGCAAAGUCCCAAGCAGUGAAGGACAGGAGGUGCAACAGAGAGUGUUGCUUCCUCACUGCUUCUUGGUGCUUGCAUUUGUACCAUGGGUGAGUGUGGAAGUUCGAAAUGUGAGUGGAUUUUUUUUUAAGGUUACACCAUGACAACAUUGCUGACUUUUUUCAUAUAUUUAAUCACAGUAUUUGGUGCUGAGCAAUUGGAUGUAGCAGCUAAAGCUGUGCUGCAAGAUGUGACACAUUGUGAUAUUUAAGGGGAAAGUCCUUAAGCGAGUCUUAAAGGUUGUCAUUGCAGUGUACAGUUGUUUACAACUCUCUAAACUCAACACUCCUGUGAACACAUACCAUUCCUGAAAUAGAUUUAGCUGUCAAAAACAAUGAUUGGUGCUCACCGCCUUCCAUUAGAUUCCAAUGUUUCAAAAUUCUGUAGUAAUGCACGUUGUAUAGACUUUGAUAUUACUGGUUUUAUGGCUGAGAUGUACCUAAUAACUGAAGUUUUUAACUGAUGACCCAUUGUAAAUGAAGUUUUUCUUUUUUUCACCAUUUGUAAGAUUGAAUAAAAUUGGGAGAUGUUUUAAGCAGACUUUUGCAUCAAGCUGUGAUAACUACGACACCGCUCUGAAUCCACACGUCGAAAGCACACAGUCAGGAUUUUAGACGCUGUCCUCUACCGGCUUCUCUUUCUGUAUAUAACGAGGCUCACAUUUUUUCAGUAUGGAAUGUAACAUUGCCUGCAAAAACUGGUAACAAGGUGUUGAGUUUGUUUCCUGUGAAAUCUGAAGAAUAAAGCGAUGACGCGUGAA